AUGGUCUCAACUCUAUAUAUCGGCGAAAUCGCACCUCCAGAGAUCCGAGGCACUUUGCUAGUGCUCCAAGAGCUUUGUAUCGUUACCGAUAUCGUGAUUGCCUUCUAUGUCACCUAUGGAACCCGGCACAUCCCUACUAUCCUUAUGCGUGCCGGAGUCUUUUUCAUUCCUUAUUCCCCGCGAUGGCUUUGUCAACAGGGUCGAGAUGAGGAAAGCCUUCGGACACUUGCUAAGAUCCGCCAGCAUCCUACUACCGAUGAACGGGUCGUCGAAGAAUGGCUCGAAAUUAGAGCUGAGUGUGCAUACCGCAACGAAACUUCUGCUAAGAAGCAUCAUACCCUCACAAAGCCGGGGAAAUGGAAUGCUAUUAAACUUCAGAUUGCACUUUACGCCGAUUGUUGGAAAAUGCCAACCUAUAAACGGACUCAAGUUGCUGUGGGCUUGAUGUUCUUCCAGCAAUUUGUCGGAAUCAAUGCCUUGAUCUACUACUCCCCGAGUAUAUUUGAGAGGGCAAUAUGCAUGUUUAUCUCCCAUUUUGUGAUUGCCGUUCUCAUUGGUAAAAACCAGCAUAACUGGCCUGAGCAUACUGCUGCAGGUUGGGCAAGUGUGGCUUUUCUUCUAUUCUUCAUGUUGACAUUUGGAGCAACCUGGGGUCCUAUUCCAUGGGCAAUGCCUGCCGAGAUUUUCCCUUCCUUGCUUCGCGCUAAAGGAUGUACAUUCGGCACUAUGUCUAACUGGAGUAACAAUUUCAUCAUCGGAUUGAUCACACCCCCGAUGAUUCAAAAAAUCACUGGCACUUAUGUUUUCUUUUGUAUCUUUUGCGCUGUUUCAUUUGUCUGGGUGUACUUCCUUGUCCCGGAAACUAAUGGACGUACCCUGGAACAAAUGGACUCUGUGUUUAAAGACAGAAGUACCAACAAGGAAGCUGAAAAACGGGUGGAAAUUAUGGCGGGACUCCGGCGAGAUCCUGCAAGCCAACAGCCCAAGGCAAUGCCCUAG